GGCUGCGCGGCCGGAGGUGGGGUAGUCUGCUGCGCAGGUCCCAGUUCCAGGGCUGAGGGCGCUAUGGCGCCGGGCUGCAAAACUGAGUUACGAAAUGUGACAAACUCUCUGUCUAACCAGCCAAGUAACGAAGGUGAUGCCAUCAAAAUUUUUGUGCGCAUCCGUCCACCCGCCGAGGGCUCUCGGUCAGUUGAUGGAGAGCACAGCUUGUGCUUAUCUGUGCUUUCCACCACAACUCUCCGGUUGCACUCCAGCCCCGAGCCCAAAACCUUCACAUUUGAUUAUGUUGCAGACAUGGACACCACUCAGGAGUCUGUAUUCUCAACUGUAACUAAAAGCAUUGUGGAGUCUUGUAUGAGCGGCUAUAAUGGUACCAUCUUGGCAUAUGGGCAGACUGGCUCAGGGAAGACAUUUACCAUGAUGGGACCAUCUGAAUCUGAUAAUUUUUCUCACAACCUGAGGGGAGUAAUUCCACGAAGUUUUGAAUAUUUAUUUUCCUUAAUUGAUCGUGAAAAAGAGAAGGCUGGGGCUGGAAAAAGUUUCCUUUGUAAAUGUUCCUUUAUUGAGAUCUACAACGAGCAGAUUUAUGACCUUCUGGACUCGGCAUCAGCUGGACUGCACUUACGGGAACACAUCAAGAAGGGAGUGUUUGUUGUUGGUGCGGUGGAGCAGGUGGUAACUUCCGCCGCUGAAGCCUAUCAGGUGUUGUCUGGAGGAUGGAGGAACAGACGUGUGGCAUCGACAUCAAUGAACAGAGAAUCCUCUAGGUCUCACGCAGUCUUUACAAUCACAAUAGAGUCAAUGGAGAAAAGCAAUGAGACCGUGAACAUACGAACCUCCCUACUCAACCUGGUGGAUUUAGCAGGAUCCGAAAGGCAAAAGGAUACCCAUGCAGAAGGAAUGAGGUUGAAGGAAGCAGGUAACAUAAACCGAUCCUUGAGCUGCCUAGGCCAAGUGAUUACCGCACUUGUUGAUGUGGGUAAUGGAAAACAGAGACAUGUGUGCUACAGAGACUCCAAACUUACCUUCUUACUGCGGGAUUCUCUUGGUGGUAAUGCCAAAACAGCCAUAAUUGUAAAUGUUCAUCCUGGAUCCAGGUGUUUUGGGGAAACCCUGUCAACACUUAAUUUUGCUCAAAGAGCAAAGCUGAUUAAAAACAAGGCAGUGGUAAAUGAAGACACUCAAGGAAAUGUGAGUCAGCUCCAAGCUGAAGUGAAGAGGCUCAAAGAACAACUGGCCCUGCUUACUUCUGGGCAGACACUUCCAGAAAGCCUUCUGACCAGAGAUAAAGAGAAGACUGAUUACAUGAAGUAUUUCCAGGAGGCAAUGCUAUUCUUUAAGAAAUCUGAACAGGAAAAGAAGUCUCUGGUAGAAAAAAUUACCCAAUUAGAAGACCUCACCCUCAAAAAGGAAAAAUUUAUUCAAUCGAAUAAAAUGAUUGUGAAAUUCCGAGAGGAUCAGAUCAUGCGCCUGGAGAAGCUCCAUAAGGAAUCCCGGGGAAGUUUUCUGCCUGAGGAGCAGUCUCGCUUGCUCUCAGAAUUAAGGGAUGAGAUCCAGACUCUGCGAGAACAAAUAGAGCACCAUCCUGGAGUGGCAAAAUAUGCUAUGGAAAAUCAUUCCCUCAGGGAAGAGAAUAGAAAACUGAGAUUAUUAGAGCCUGUGAAAAGAGCCCAAGACAUGGAUGCCCAGACCAUUGCAAAACUAGAGAAAGCUUUCUCUGAAAUAUCUGGCAUAGAGAAAAAUAACAAAGGUCAGCAAGGAUUUUCUCCCAAAGCUCCAAAAGAACCAUGUUCAUUCACAAACACCGAGAAACUAAAAGCACAACUCCUGCAAAUUCAGACAGAGCUGAAUAAUUCAAAGCAAGAAUAUGAAGAAUUCAAAGAACUAACUCGGAAAAGGCAGCUAGAAUUGGAAUCAGAGCUUCAGGCUUUGCAAAAAGCAAACCUUAAUCUUGAAAGCCUUUUGGAUGCAACAAAAGCUUGCAAGCGUCAAGAAGUUUCUCAGCUGAAUAAAAUUCAUGCUGAAACACUUAAGGUUAUAACUACACCAACCAAGGCUUAUCAACUUCGUUCUCGAACAGUACCCAAAUUAAGCCCUGAAAUGGGGAGCUUUGGGUGUAAUUCUAGCAUAUUAGAUAAUGAUAUAUUAAAUGAGCCAGUUCCACCUGAGAUGAAUGAACAAGCUUUUGAGGCCAUUUCUGAAGAGCUUAGAGCAGUGCAGGAACAAAUGAAUGCUCUUCAAGUCAAGCUAGACGAGGAAGAGCAUAAAAACCUAAAGCUUCAGCAGCAUGUUGACAAACUGGAGCACCAUUCUACACAAAUGCAGGAGCUUUUCUCAUCAGAAAGAACUGAUUGGACCAAACAGCAGGAAGAGCAUCUCUCACAGUUGAAUGUCCUUGAGAAGCUGCUUCAAGAUACUCAGACUGAGAAUGAUUUUUUAAAAAGUGAGGUGCAUGACCUGCGAGUAGUUCUUCAUUCUGCUGACAAGGAGCUUUCUUCAGUAAAACUGGAGUAUAGUUCAUUCAAAGAGAGUCAGGAAAAAGAAUUCAACCAGCUUUCUGAAAGACAUGUGCACGUACAACUUCAGCUGGACAACGUCAGAUUAGAAAAUGAAAAGUUUCUUGAGAGCCAAGCCUGCCUACAGGAUUCCUACGACAACCUACAAGAAGUAAUGAGAUUUGAAAUUGACCAAUUUUCAAAAAAUCUCCAAAACUGCAAAAAAGAAAAUGAAACUCUGAAAUCUGACCUCAACAACUUGAUGGAGCUUUUUGAGGCAGAAAAAGAACGCAACAACAAAUUAUCAUUACAGUUUGAAGAAGAUAAAGAAAACAGUUCUAAAGAAAUCUUAAAAGUUCUUGAGGCUGUACGUCAGGAGAAACAGAAAGAGAUGAACAAGUGUGAGCAGCAGAUGGCAAAAGUACAGAAAUUAGAAGAAAGCUUGCUUGCUACUGAAAAAGUGAUCGAAUCUCUGGAAAAGUCUAGAGAUUCUGACAAGGAAGUUGUAGCUGAACUCAUGAACCAGAUCCAGGAACUAAGAACAUUAAUCUGUGAGAAAACAGAAACUAUAGACACCCUGAAACAAGAACUGAAGGACAUAAACUGCAAAUACAACUCUGCUUUGGUUGAGAAAGAAGAGAGCAGAGCAUUGAUCAAGAGACAGGAAGUGGAUAUUCAGGAUCUGAAAGAAACCCUUAGACUGAGAAUACUCUCUGAGGACAUUGAGAGGGAUAUGCUCUGUGAGGAUCUGGCUCAUGCCACUGAGCAACUGAACAUGCUCACAGAAGCCUCGAAGAAGCACUCAGAGCUGCUACAGUCAGCCCAGGAAGAACUGACCAGGAAGGAGGCCCUGAUCCAGGAACUUCAGUAUAAGCUAACCCAAAAGAAAGAGGAAGUAGAACAGAAGAAGAAUGAAUAUAACUUCAAAAUGAGGCAACUAGAACACGUGAUGGAUUCUGCUGCUGAGUAUCCCCAGAGUCCUAAAACACCACCACCUCACUUUCAAACACAUUUGGCAAAACUCCUGGAAACACAAGAACAAGAGAUAGAAGAUGGAAGAGCCUCUAAAACGUCUUUGCAACAUCUUGUAACAAAGCUGAAUGAAGACAGAGAAGUCAAAAAUGCUGAAAUACUCAGAAUGAAGGAGCAGCUGUGUGCAAUGGAAAACCUCCGCCUGGAAUCCCAGCAGUUAAGAGAGAAAAACUGGCUCCUGCAAAGUCAGCUGGAUGAUAUUAAAAGACAGAAGGACAACAGUGAUCAGAAUCAUCCAGACAAUCAACAGCUGAAGGAUGAAGAAGAAGAAAUUAUCAAAGAAAGACUUGCUAAAAGUAAAAUAGUCGAAGAAAUGAUGCAAAUGAAGACAGAUCUAGAAGAAGUCCAGGGUGCUCUUCACAUCAAGGAGAUGGACUGCCUCAGGAUGACUGAGGAAAUUGUUCGAACCAGAGCAUUAGAGUCUAAAGCCUUCCAGGAAAAAGAGCAACUGAGAUCAAAACUGGAAGAGAUGUAUGAAGAGAGAGAGAGAAGGUCCCAGGAGAUGAUGAUGCUAAGGAAGCAGGUGGAGUUUCUCACCGAGGAGAAUGGGAAACUGGUGGGCCACCAAAACCUGCAUCAGAAGAUUCAAUACGUAGUACGACUGAAGAAGGAAAAUGUCCGGCUUCUUGAGGAGUCAGAAAAGUUGCGUGCCGAAAAUAUAUUUUUAAAGGAAAAGAAAAAGAGUGAAUCAUAAGGACCCUGGUCAACUCCCAAAGCAUCAUCUUGUUUGGAGAUUUUUUUCUUUUUUUUUUUUUUUUCUCAAAAGUAAGACCUACUCUUGCAGAGCUGAAUUUAAGGAUCUUACUUAUGAGAUGUGUAUGUGGUGGUGGUAAAUGACCCUCGAGUUUUCUAAUGAACAUUCUGCAUCCAUGUACACCUGUGACGGUCAGCAGCAUGCUAUUGAGGGACUACCCUCCAUUUCCAGACUUGAAAUCAGUUGUAAAUAUUGGAAACCCUUUUGCCUUUUUAAAAUAAAAGCCUGUAUCUAAGAUCCACAGUGGAUAUUAGAUUGUUUUCUUCCUAGAUAAUCUCCCUUGAUUCUUGUGGCAGCUCUAACAAUAUAUGGUGGUUCCAUAACUUACAGUGAGUUUGAUGACUGAAACUAGUGAACUUGUUAAUAUAGAUCAUUUUUGUAUUCUUUAUUCUCAUGAGCAUUUUCUAUGGUUGUAAAUAUUGACUGUUUUUCAAAUAAAGUC